AUGCCAAGUGUCGCCGAGUCCGGCAUGGAGAUGAGCUCCUGCGAUGCCCUUACCAGUUCCUCUGUAUUGCCAGAGCCUGAUGACAAAGAGCUGAGGCCUAACGGCCUUGAGUAUGUCUAUGAACGCAACUCCUUCGCUGAAGACCUAGGUCCCUCAAAGCAAGUGCCUACCAAGCCACUAGAUCAAUGCCUGUCCAAAACACUCACAACACCCAGUGCUGCUGAGGCGAAGUCGAUUGCCAUACCACUGAGUUAUGAGUCCGAGCAAGAGCUUGACGAUGCAAGCUACUUUGACGUACUAGAGCAUAGCUAUAAAGAGCUUAAGCCUAGGGGCCUUGAAUGCACAUUGGAAUCUGAGAUUCUCAUGCAAGACCUCAUUUGCCCAUAUGAAGUCAAAGAGCCUCAGUCAAUGGAGGCGAUCGGAUUUUAUGACGAGUUUCACCUGGCCAAGUACAGCGAAUCUUGCCGCAAAAGUUCUGAGCACAAGUCAGAUGUGUUCAGGUUGAAAUUUGAGUUAGAAACGUCGCCUAUGUCCAAGGAUGCGACUGUACUGCCAUCUAGCGGAGACUACUACCUUACAUAUGCGCGAGGAGAGCGUGUCUCAGAACAGGCAAUGGCAACAGAUGUCUUAUGUCGAAGUAAGGUCGAGCCUAUGUCCCCCAGCAUGAGCCCAUGCCACAACGUGUUUAUUCCCAAACUGUUGUUACUGGUUGAACAUCUCAUCCCAGCCAAGGCAACCAGAGUAGUGCCGGCCAUAUCACUUGAUCAAGAUUAUGCCAAGUUACCCCCGCAUGCGCUGAUCCUUACGCCAGAGAUGUGCAGAUCCAACCAGCCGAGGCUUAGUGAUAGCCAAAAUCCUAUUUCACAUAGUGCUCCAUGCCACUCAAAACCAGCCAUAGCAGUCGGCCAUGUCAAGUGCCCAGCUGGGACACGCUGCGAGCAUUCCGCUGAGCCCCAAGCCGAACCUCUGUCCAGAGCCAAGUCUGAGUUGGACCAGUUACUUAAUGACUUAGAGUCGUUCAUCAUUGAAGACCGUAACGACGCUGAGACCCCCAUUGAGCUUGGGGAUGCCAAGUCAUCGAGUCCAGAGGUGACUCGCGCCCUCCACUUGAAAUCUGGCCAUUGA